GUGGUAUAAUCGGUCAUUGCAAAUGGUCGUUGGUUUAGGAAGAACGGAAAAUAUCCACGAGCAUCUUUAUUUAAGAUCGAGACUGCUCUCAGAUUUAAGAAUGGAUGUGAAUUUUUUUUACCAAUAAACUUUAAGUUUUUCUAUACAUUGAUUGCAUAAAAAAACAAAAAUAAUGUAUUUAUACAAUUUGACCCUUCAACGUGCAACGGGUAUUACCCAUGCAGUGCAUGGGAAUUUUUCUGGCAGUAAAAUGCAGGAGAUUUUGGUCUCACGUGGAAAGUCAUUAGAACUCCUAAGACCUGAUCCAAAUACAGGAAAAGUCCACACCUUAUUAACUGUAGAAGUGUUUGGAAUUAUUCGGUCUUUGAUGGCCUUCAGAUUGACAGGUGGCACGAAAGAUUAUAUUGUCGUUGGAUCAGAUUCUGGACGUAUUGUAAUUUUGGAAUAUAUUCCUGCGAAGAAUGUUUUUGAAAAAGUACAUCAGGAAACUUUUGGUAAAAGCGGAUGUAGACGAAUCGUACCUGGACAAUACUUAGCUAUAGAUCCCAAAGGAAGAGCUGUAAUGAUAGGUGCAAUCGAAAAACAAAAACUUGUAUAUAUUUUGAAUAGAGAUCCUGAAGCCAGGCUUACCAUUUCUUCGCCUUUAGAAGCUCAUAAAAGUAAUACGCUAGUUUAUCAUACAGUGGGCGUGGAUGUGGGUUUUGAAAAUCCUAUGUUUGCCUGUUUAGAAAUUGAUUAUGAGGAAGCAGACAGUGAUCCCACAGGGGAUGCAGCGGUAAAAACGCAACAAACGUUAACUUUGUACGAACUUGAUCUCGGUUUAAAUCACGUUGUACGCAAGUACAGCGAACCGUUGGAAGAACACGCGAAUUUCCUUGUAUCUGUACCUGGAGGAAACGAUGGACCAAGCGGUGUCCUUAUUUGUUCAGAGAAUUAUCUAACGUAUAAAAAUCUUGGCGAUCAACACGAUAUUCGUUGCCCCAUUCCCAGGCGACGUAAUGAUUUAGAUGAUCCUGAGAGAGGAAUGAUAUUCGUAUGUUCCGCUACUCAUAAGACCAAAAGCAUGUUUUUCUUUUUGGCUCAGACUGAGCAAGGGGAUAUCUUUAAGAUCACGCUCGAAACAGACGAAGAUAUGGUGACUGAAAUUAAACUAAAGUAUUUCGACACAGUACCUGUCGCGGCAAGUAUGUGCGUCUUAAAAACAGGAUUUUUGUUUGUUGCCUCAGAAUUUGGCAAUCAUUAUCUCUAUCAAAUUGCGCAUUUGGGGGACGACGACGAUGAACCAGAAUUUAGUUCUGCUAUGCCUCUUGAAGAAGGUGACACUUUCUUUUUUGCACCACGGCCGCUUAGAAAUUUAGUAUUGGUAGAUGAAAUGGAUAGCUUGUCGCCAAUAAUGGCGUGUCAGGUGGCUGAUUUGGCAAACGAAGAUACUCCUCAACUAUACAUAACGUGUGGUAGAGGGCCACGUUCGACUUUGCGAGUACUACGCCAUGGUUUAGAAGUUUCUGAAAUGGCUGUCAGUGAACUGCCGGGUAAUCCAAAUGCUGUGUGGACGGUUAAAAGAAGAAUCGAUGAGGAGUAUGAUGCUUACAUCAUAGUGUCCUUCGUCAAUGCCACGCUUGUACUUAGUAUCGGAGAAACUGUAGAAGAAGUGACAGAUUCCGGGUUUCUUGGUACGACACCAACAUUGAGCUGUUCCGCAUUAGGCGAAGAUGCGCUGGUCCAGGUAUAUCCUGAUGGAAUACGUCAUAUACGUGCAGAUAAACGUGUAAACGAAUGGAAAGCACCUGGUAAAAAGACUAUAGUCAAAUGUGCAGUGAAUCAACGUCAGGUUGUGAUUGCCCUUACUGGAGGAGAAUUGGUAUACUUCGAAAUGGACCCUACUGGACAAUUGAACGAGUAUACGGAACGAAAGAAAAUGCCAUCGGAAGUGAUGUGUAUGGCUCUUGGUAACGUGGCGAUCGGAGAACAAAGAUCAUGGUUUCUGGCUGUUGGUCUUCAGGAUAACACAGUGAGGAUCAUUUCGUUGGAUCCGUCCGAUUGUUUAGCACCCAGGAGCAUGCAAGCUUUACCGGCAGCUGCGGAAAGUUUAUGUAUCGUUGAAAUGGGUGCUAAAGACGCAAACAGUUCGGAAGAAAUGUUACCUCAACAAUCCAGUCUAUAUUUAAAUAUAGGCUUGCAAAAUGGCGUUUUAUUGAGAACAGUGUUAGACCCAAUAUCCGGCGAUCUCGCAGACACGCGUACACGGUAUUUAGGAUCGCGUCCAGUUAAACUAUUCAGAAUAAAAAUGCAAGGGAACCAAGCUGUGCUCGCAAUGAGCAGUAGAUCCUGGCUAAGUUAUUACUAUCAGAAUCGUUUCCAUUUAACGCCGUUAUCAUACGAGAGUUUGGAAUUUGCAUCGGGCUUCAGCUCCGAGCAGUGUCCUGAAGGAAUUGUCGCCAUUUCGACGAACACGCUCAGAAUUCUUGCUCUCGAAAAACUGGGAGCUGUGUUCAAUCAAAUCAGUUUUCCGCUUGAGUACACACCCAGGAAGUUUGCGAUUCACUCGGACUCCGCACAUUUGAUUGUCAUCGAAACGGAGCAUAACGCGUACACAGAAGAAACGAAGCAGCAGAGAAGGUUACAGAUGGCUGAGGAAAUGCAAGAGGCUGCAGGCGCUGAGGAGGCUGUAGUAGCAAGAGAAUUGGCGGAAGCUUUCUUGUCAGAAGAACCCAAUGAGUCGGUGUUCGGCGCACCAAGGGCUGGACCUGGUUUAUGGGCAUCAUUGAUAAGAAUAAUAGCGCCCACAACGGGACAAACAUUCGAAGUUCAUCGGCUUGAACAAAAUUUAGCUGCUUUAUGUCUGUGCCUCGUAAAAUUUGCUAAUCAAGGCGAUCAGCUGUUCCUUAUAGUUGGUGUUGCGAAGGAAUUUCAACUAAAUCCUAGAGUUAGCAGCGGAGGCUUUUUAUAUACAUAUAAGGUAAAUGCUGAAUGUACCAGCCUCGAAUUAAUUCAUAAAACCACUUUGGAUGAAGUACCGUUGGCGAUAUGCCCUUAUCAAGGAAGAGUAUUGGUCGGCGUUGGCAGAAUGUUGCGCUUGUACGAUAUGGGCAAAAAAAAAUUGUUGCGAAAGUGUGAAAAUAAGCAUAUUCCUAAUGCGGUUGUUUCCAUCAAUGCGAUUGGACAACGAAUUUACGUGAGCGACGUCCAGGAAUCAGUGUAUGCCGUGAGAUACAAACGACAAGAGAAUCAACUUAUAGUAUUCGCCGAUGAUACGCAUCCAAGAUGGAUUACAACAACGUGUGUACUGGAUUAUGACACUGUUGCCACUGCUGACAAGUUUGGAAAUAUUGCUGUCAUACGGUUGGCAAGUGGAAUUAAUGAUGACGUAGACGAGGAUCCAACUGGGAACAAGGCGUUGUGGGACAGAGGUUUAUUGAACGGUGCUAGUCAGAAGGCGGACACGGUCGCGUGUUUCCACGUCGGUGAAACGGUUAUGUCCUUACAGAAAGCGACUCUCAUCCCCGGGGGUUCUGAAAGUUUAGUUUACACGACCCUAAGUGGAACGGUGGGGGUUCUUGUUCCUUUCACGAGUCACGAAGAUCACGAUUUCUUCCAACAUUUGGAAAUGCACAUGCGGUCCGAGCAUCCACCACUUUGCGGAAGGGAUCAUUUAUCGUUUAGAUCGUAUUAUUAUCCUGUAAAAAAUGUCAUUGACGGCGAUCUUUGCGAGCAGUUCAAUUCGAUAGAGCCGACAAAACAGAAGAGUAUAUCCGGCGAUCUUGAACGAACACCAUCCGAAGUGUCGAAGAAACUGGAGGAUAUUCGUACGCGUUAUGCAUUUUAAAUUUCUACGUAUGUAUUUAUUAUCAAUUCAUUACAAGUUACAUUUAAAGUGUUUACAUUCCGUGUUCAUCUUUUCAUCAUCUCUUCUUUUUACGAUAAAUAAACUCGCGUGAUGUAGGUUGCUCGGAGAAAAGUUGUUCGAAACAUUUGACACGCGUGGGUCAGAAUGGGUUUGACAUACGGUUACUAGCUUUAAUAUUCGGAUAUUACAAUACUUUUAAAUUCAAAAAAAGCAAGCGAGUGAAUAUUUUAAUAAUUCAGAAAAAUAUAAAGCAUUAAAUUUAAAAGUAUUGCAGUGUCCGAAUAUUAAAGCGAGUAGCUGUACGUGUUCACUCAGUUUGCAACAAAUGUUGUCAACGAUGGUAUUUAAAAACGAAGGUAGAAUAUUUAUUGGUAUGAAAAUGUAAUCAUUUUUGUUUUGGACGUCGAAUGAUAUUUCAUUCGAUUCACACUUAGAGGCGUAUAGAGUAAACUCGUUAAAUUUUGUAUAGCACCGAAUGUGAUCGUAGAUAAAAUCUUUCUAAUUUAAAUUUAAAAAACAAAAAAAAAAUUCAUUACUAAUAAGCAAAUGUAUUUUUAAAUUACC